ACAUGUGCCAUUCAACUUUACCUUUUUCCGUGUGAUUCGGGAGUCCACUCAAUUAUAUAAUGAAAUCAUAAUUAAACAAUCGAUUCGCCUUUCGAUAUCGUAUCGUCGGAAGCAGCUCUGGUAAUGAUUCCGGCGGACCAUGAUCGGAAUCCUCAACUGGUGGAGAACCGGUGGUUGGAUUCAUCAAGCAGAAACUUCAAAUUUUGCACCUUGGAUCGUAAUUUCAGCUCCAAGUGCGGGAAACUAUUCGUCGGGAGAUUCUGUAUCUGUAUUUCCACGUAUUGAAGCAUACGCGUAUAUACGCUGAAGGGAAAGAACGAUGGAGAAAUUCUCGGCGACGCUAAGAAUUGGUGACUUGAAUGAUUACAUAGCACCUUCACAGGGUUGCGUGAUCAAAACGGAGAAUGCAGGAAAUGUAGGGAAAGUGAAGACCACUAGUAAAACAGUGCCGAAUGAGCCUGUGAAGAUCUCGCUGAAAGAUUGCUUAGCUUGCAGUGGGUGCAUAACAUCUGCAGAAACAGUUAUGCUCGAGAAGCAGAGUUUAGAUGAGUUUCUUUCAAAUAUCAAUGAAGGAAAAGCUGUUAUUGUCUCCCUCUCUCCCCAAUCUAGAGCUUCUCUUGCUGCUCAUUUUGGUCUUUCCAAUCAUCAGGUCUUCGCAAAACUCACAGCAUUAUUAAAAUCACUAGGUGUGAUAUCAGUCUUUGAUACCAGCUGCAGUCGAGAUUUAACACUCAUUGAAUCUUGUAAUGAAUUCAUUGCACGCUAUAAACAGAGCAAGUUAAAUGAUGAUGAGAAAUCAAAAUCAUCCAUUCCUGUGAUUUCAUCUUCAUGUCCAGGUUGGAUUUGUUAUGCAGAAAAAACUCUUGGUUCUUAUAUUCUCCCAUAUAUUUCAUCUGUGAAAAGUCCUCAACAAGCAAUUGGAACUGCUAUUAAGAAACAUCUUUGCCAGAAACUACAUUUGCGGCCAGCAGACAUAUAUCAUGUUACUGUAAUGCCAUGUUAUGACAAGAAGCUUGAAGCUGCACGAGAUGACUUUGUCUUUCAAACAGAUACAGAUGGUGAAAGAGUCACAGAGGUAGACUCAGUAUUAACCACUGGAGAAGUUCUAGAUUUAAUUCAGUUAAAGUCCGUUGAUUUUGCUGGUUUAGAAGAAUCUCCGGUGGACAAACUAUUGUCAAAUGUUGACGAAGAAGGCCAUCUAUUCGGUGUUCGUGGAAGUUCCGGUGGAUAUGCCGACACUAUAUUCCGAUAUGCAGCAAAAGUACUUUUUGGAAAGGAAAUUGAAGGUCCUCUUGAGUAUAAGACUAUAAAAAACGCGGAUCUUCGUGAAGUGACUCUUGAAGUAGAUGGCCAAAUUGUGUUGAGAUUUGCUCUAUGUUAUGGAUUCAGGAACCUCCGCAACAUUGUUAUGAAAAUUAAAAGUAAGAAGUGCGAGUACCAUUUCGUUGAGAUCAUGGCUUGCCCUUCAGGGUGCCUAAAUGGUGGGGGUCAGAUCAAGCCUAAGCCAGGGCAAUCAGCAAAAGAUUUGAUCCAGUUGUUAGAAACAACUUACGCAGAGAAUGUUUUGGUUGCUGAUCCUUUCAAAAAUCCUCGUAUCAAAAGGCUAUAUGAUGAAUGGCUUGGGGAACCUGGUUCUGAGACGGCAAAGAGACAUCUGCACACCGAAUACCACCCUAUUGUCAAAAGCUUGACCUCCGAGUUUCAGAAUUGGUGAGAAAUGCUUCGGUGAGAGUUUUAACUAUACUCUUAUAUUCCAUAAGUUCGCCUCUGCAUUAGGUGUGGUAUAGUUUGAUCCCGACACUGUGGAUAUCAAAAUUCUCCGUAUCUCUUAUUGGUAGGCAGGUGGUAUAUUCUAUAGCGAACCAGUUUUGGUAGGAAAUGUUACUGUAUAGGCUAAUGUUUGGUGCUUCACAUGAUUAUUUAGAACAGAUCUAUUGUUUACCAAGCUUUACUGUGUAUUGCCAUCUUUCGACAAGCAUAUGACAUGCUUGUAAGGCCUUGUUUAUCACUUUUCCUACUAAACUAUCGAGUGUAUGAAAUCUAAAAUUCAUCUCAAUACAAAUGAAAGCUACAUUUAUCAUA